AUGGCAGAGGAGUGGGGAAAACAGUCCUUUGCUGCUAGGAGGCAUUAUGAAGACUCAACGAGGGGAUCUGGCUUCGCUUACACAAACAGCAAUAAUACCAGAGGUAUAGUAUCAUCAUUUUGUUUUCCAGUGAGUGAAUGGAUAAGUCAGGAAUAGUAAUAAGAAAAAAUAAAAAAGAGAAGUAAAUACAUUUAUUUAUAAAAAAUAAAUACAUAAAUAAAAAAAACUGUAUUUCCCACACAUAGAGUAAGGAUAUUUAGUGACAUCUCACUGCAAGAUUCUCAAAUAAAAGGUUUCCUCGCCAACCUGUCCUGUCACUAAGGCAACAGUGGCUGUCGAGAACUAAAAGAGAUUUACCUGAUAAAGAUGGAGCUAUCCACGACAAAUGCCAAUAAUUCAACAGUUUCAAAAGAUGAGGUGGCAACGUUUUCAUUAUUUCGUCUGACUUACUAUAGUUCAGCUCUAAGUCAGUGAUUAUGGAUUUAUCUCUGUUGUAGAGACAUGCUUUAUUUAUCUGUAAACGGAUGUAACUUCAAGUGAAUUAAUGUUGACUUACCUGACAAUUUAAGCGUCAGUCUUCAAACAUAAAUUUGUCUUUAGGAUUUUGCUUCUGUGAAAAGUUACAACGAUCUUAACACUUGUUUUCUGAUGUCGGGUGUUCACUCAUUCACACCGAUGAGUACUGACAAAUACAAAAUACUUUUACCAUCUGAAAAGACCUUGUGCUGAAGAGGAGGCAAGACCGUCUGGACAGCAGGAGAUCUUGCAAACAGACCCAAAUAGAUUCCUGUCGUAUGAGAAACUCUUAGAACCCAUUAAAAACUCAGUGUGAUAAAGGGUGAUUGAAAUGUAACAUUUUCACAACGGCAUUAUUUUGGUGUUUUUGUCUUAUCAGUCCAAAAGCUUCAGACUUUCUUGUUGUCAGACAAGUUCUUUGAAAAUAAUCCAUAGUUCACACUGAGACACGAUUUUCUGUUCAAAUUAUGUGAAGUUCUUUAGAGAAAAUGAAGAAUACAUUUAAUUGAAUGUCUUAAACGGUUAUUUUACUUUAUAACUGAAAAAAUCUGAGGAGCUCCAUAGUUUGUAAAUCAGUUUUCUUCUGGUAGUUUUACAAAGAAAGAUAUGACAAAUCAAUUAAUUGACAGCAUUGUACCUUAGCGUUAUUGAUGGCUUCACUUCAUAACACCUUGAUGCCAAUGGUGGUGGACGGCUCCUCUCUCUUCGCUGCAGGACGAAAAGAUUCAGAAAAUUCUUCUAUAAAUAGUAGAUGACUUUUUGAGACAUGACAAAUGAGACUACAGAUAAUUGAAUAUCCCGUAAAUAAAGUUCUUCUCCUUAUACUUCUACCUAACACAUUUGGAGCUUGUGAAGACAUGAGAUUCAGAAUUGAGAGACAUAACUCAUCUUGUUUUUUUUGUUCUUCUUAUUCCCUUAGGUCCCUUUGAGGGUCCCAAUUACCACAUUGCCCCUCGAUGGGUUUACCAUCUUGCAACAUUAUGGAUGUUUCUAGUGGUCGUCUUCUCAGUUUUCACCAAUGGUCUUGUCUUGGUAGCCACAGCAAAAUUCAAGAAACUCCGUCACCCUCUAAAUUGGAUCUUGGUCAAUCUUGCAGUAGCAGAUCUUGGAGAGACACUUUUUGCAAGCACCAUCAGCGUAUCCAACCAGUUUUUUGGUUACUUCAUUCUUGGCCAUCCAAUGUGCAAGUUUGAGGGCUUUACUGUUGCAACUUGUGGUAAGUGAUGACAGUUUAUCUCUUCUACAGAAAUGUUUUGGACACUAUUGUUGGACCAAGGAGUUUAAUAAAGACUGUAGCUGAAAAAUAUACUUUUUCGCACAGGUAUUGUAGGUCUCUGGUCUCUGACUAUCAUCGCCUGGGAGAGAUGGAUUGUUGUGUGCAAACCUUUUGGAAACGUCAAAUUUGAUGCCAAAUGGGCCACAGCUGGGAUAGUGUUUUCCUGGGUCUGGUCAGCAGGGUGGUGUGCUUGUCCCCUCUUUGGAUGGAGCAGGUAGCCUGCUGUUGUAUUUCCAAUUUGAAACCAAGUGUUUUAAAAUCAUGAUCAAAAUUGUUAACCUCUUUCUUGCAUUAGAUACUGGCCUCAUGGACUGAAGACCUCCUGUGGACCUGAUGUAUUCAGUGGAAAUGAAGACCCCGGAUGCCAGUCCUUUAUGAUUGCUCUUAUGAUUACUUGCUGUAUCAUUCCAUUGGCUAUCAUCAUCGUGUGCUAUUUUGCUGUCUGGAUGGCUAUCCAUGCUGUAAGUGAUCCUUAAAGCAGUUUGAUACAGAACAUAAACUGAACCACAGUCUGGCAGAAUCUCACACUGAGCUGAUUUGUUGAUCACAGGUCGCCAUGCAGCAGAAAGAAUCAGAGUCAACCCAGAAAGCGGAGAAAGAUGUAUCUAGGAUGGUUGUUGUCAUGAUCUUUGCGUAUUGUUUCUGUUGGGGACCCUACACCUUUUUUGCCUGCUACGCAGCAGCUAACCCUGGUUAUGCUUUCCAUCCAUUGGCUGCAUCCUUGCCUGCAUAUUUUGCCAAGAGCGCCACCAUCUACAACCCUGUCAUCUAUGUCUUCAUGAACCGACAGGUGGGCAGAAAGGAAAGCAUUACUACACUGAACAAUUUUUAAUAUGAUUUUGUAAUUGACAUUCUUGCCAUUUUCAUCAUUGUGUCUUUCAGUUCCGUGAAUGCAUCAUGAAGCUUUUUGGCAAAGAAGUGGAUGAAAGCUCUGAAGUAUCCUCAUCAAAGACAGAGGUCUCCUCUGUGGCUCCUGCAUGA